UACAUCACAAUUCCAUCUCAUCUGCGCAACACAUUGUCUGUGCUCGAGAGUGCGACGGAAGGUGGCAUCGUGCCGGAACUGAGCGAUUCGACAAAUACUAUGGGCAUAUCGGACAAGAUCGAACGCCAGGAGUGCAUUAGCGAGGCCGCCCGCACCCUCAACCUGAUGGAAGCGCACCAGAAAGAACAGCAGCAGCCCCAGCUCAACCCCCACCACCCUUUACACAAACUGUCAGUCAUGAGACUCGUGGGAGACAAGUCGCCCAAGCCAGCUUCGAGUCCCGAACAAGUGAAAGAAGCCACCGCGGAGGACUUGUCUGUCUCGGCUGCUGUGGAUGACACUGAAAGUGGUGACGAGGACAUUAGUGUCGCAGAUGAGAACAAUAAGUGUAUGUUGUCUUCAGAGUCUGCCAUGGAAUCGGAGGACUUUCCAAAAAGGAAACAGCGGAGAUACAGGACCACAUUCACUAGUUACCAGCUAGAAGAACUAGAAAAAGCAUUCGCGAGAACUCACUAUCCCGAUGUUUUUACCAGAGAAGAACUGGCCAUGAGAGUUGAUCUUACUGAAGCUAGAGUUCAGGUUUGGUUUCAGAACAGACGUGCCAAAUGGCGGAAGCAAGAAAAGGCAGCCGGUGGUCAAAAUCAGAACCAAGGGUACAAUCCUUACUCUGCGUCACCUUCCGUACCGGCGUCCACCCCCGGAGCUGGCAAAUCGUUCGGUUCUUUGGGGUAUCCGAGACCCUACGACAUGAAUCUACUUGGAGUUGCGGCAGCAGCUCAUCAUCACCAUCACCAUCAAUUCCAGCCACCCUACCUGCCGCCCCCCGGAUUGUCGCUCUUCCGACCGGCUCCCAGUUUCUUGUCUCCCAGCAGUUACGCUUUGCGUGAUCUUCAGUAUUCCACCCUCUUCCCGGCAGCGGCCCUCUCGAGCCCUUAUUCUGUGACGGGUCCCUUUCCGCCCACUUCGUUCCAGAGCUUACUGGUCAAUUUGUCUGCUCAAAACAGACCUAAGAUGAGCACUCCUCCGGAGCUGAGUCCUGUAGCUAAGGAACCGUACCCGGUGUUGUUGACAGCAGCCGCCGUCAGCACUGAACCGGCUCCUGCCACCGUAACUCAGCCUUCUCCAUCCCUCUCUCCUACACUUCCUCCACGAUCCUCCACGGAAUCUCCCGAGUCUCCUCCACCGAUUAGUCCAGUAGACAUCGAUCGCAGAAGUUCCAGCAUUGCAGCCCUUCGGCUCAAAGCUCGCGAGCAUGAAGUCAAGAUGGAACUCUUGAGGAAGGCCAACGGAGAAGUCAGUUGA